AUGCGCAAGACACUGAGCUGGAAUCCGGCAUUGAAGAGAUCUUGGUCACCGCCACUUCGGCGCGAAGGCUCCAUUCAAGACAUACCGAUCAACAUUGCGGCUGUCGAUGGCGCCCGCAUCGACCAACAAGGUUUCGAGAACAUCUCGGAACUGCUCGCCUACGUUCCAGGCAUUAAUGUCAUCGACCAAGGCGGACGCAACGGCAACGAAACGAUCGUGCGCGGCCUCAAUGCCGAACCACUGGGGCAGGGUGGCGGCAACGACAUUGGCAGCACCGUAUCCACUUAUCUCGGCGAGGUGCCUAUCCCGCUCGACUUCAGAUUGAAUGAUAUCCAACGGGUCGAAGUGUUGCUGGGGCCACAGGGAACACUGUAUGGCGCAGGGACACUGGGCGGCGCAAUACGCUACAUCCCAAACAAACCUGUCACUGAUGACACGAUGCUUGAGUUGCGUACCGACGCUUUUUCGAUCAGCGAGGGCAGCGGUAUCAGCACGGAUAUCGGGGCCACCUUCAACCUGCCCUUAUCCGACCAAUUCGCUAUCCGGGCUUCGGUUGAUCGGCUGGACAACAAGGGCUAUAUCGACUACCCAUAUGUUGUCCAGCAGCCUGGCGUCUCUGAGCCCGACGUGGACCUCAGCGACGCUAACGCAGUUGCGGCCAACUUGGCCCCAGCCAAAGAUGCCAAUGGACAGGAAUCUGUGUCGGGAAGAGUCGCGCUACGUUGGCAACCCAACGACAUUAUCGACGCCACGCUAACCUACUAUUUCCAAGAUGAGGACAACGAAGGCCGGUCGGUAUCCGGCGCCCGCGGUGGGUUCCCAAGCCCACGUUACGCGUCAGCCAGCCGUGUGCUUGAGCCCAACGAGGAACAAACCAACCUCACUGCGUUGGAGGUGGUCGCUGAUCUGGGUUUCGCCGAACUCACGUCGGCUACUGGCUUUGGCAACUAUGAAGAGGUUGGCCAGCGUGACCAAACCGACUUGCUUAUCAGUCUUGAGUAUUCCUACGAGACGUUCCCAACAUUCACGGCUUUCACUCGCGAAGAAGAAGAAAGUGAGUUUUUCAACCAAGAGCUGCGUCUGGUUUCCACCACCGAUCAACGUUUCAACUGGAUCGUCGGCGGCUUCUACAACAAAUUCGAAGAGGUUGCAUCUUCCGCCGAGUUCACGCCUGGCUUUGCUGCUUUUGCUGGGUUCAACCGACCGGAUGACCUGGAGUACUUCUCAGCCGGGGCGGAUGAGAUCGUCGAGCAAGCGAUUUUCGGAGAGUUUGGCUUUGAUAUCACCGAUCGCUGGCAAGUAACAGUUGGUGGUCGCUACUAUGAGUACGACAUCAAGAGUCAGUCGACAGUCGAUUUUCCGCUGUUCGACCCGGGCUUCGUCGCCGCCGGCCUCGGUGAGAUCGGUAGCAGGCCCUUUGAUCCUUCGCUAGCACAAUCGGACGACGGCACGCUGUUCAAAAUCAAUACCUCUUUUGCAAUCAAUGACGAUGUCACUGUGUACGCAACGAUUAGCGAAGGCUUUCGAAUCGGCGGCGGCAAUGGUGGCGGCGCCUGCGACGAUUUCGAUCCCAAUGCCACGCAAGGCAAUUGCAACCUGGCACCCGGCCAGCAAUUCGGGCCAGGGCCAAACGAUUUCGCGCAGUUUGACGAACGUGCCUAUGGCCCUGACACCACUCGUAACCACGAGAUUGGUGCCAAGACGCAAUGGUUGGAUAACAGGCUGACUUUGAAUGGCGCGAUCUUCUAUGUCGAAUGGGAGGACCCGCAGUUGGCGUCUGCCACAGUGAAUGCGUCGAUCCCGAUUACCAUCAACGCUAACGGCGCUGAAUCGAGCGGCGUCGAACUGAGCGCCGAUUGGUUGGCUACUGACCAACUUCGAAUUCGUGGCGCUUACAGCUAUACAAACAGUGAACUGAGCGCGGACGUACCCUCUCUGAUCCGUACCAUCACACCGCCUGGUUUCGGGUCAGCAUUCGAAGAUGGCCUCAGCGGUGACCGCUUACCCGGGUCGCCAGAAUCGCAGUUUUCGGUCUUCGCCAGCUACGAAUAUCCGUUAAACAAUGGCAAGCAACUGCGCUUUAACGGAGGCUAUGCCUGGCAAGGCGAUGUCCUUUCACGGGCCGGCGCGCGUGGUGGCAACUUAACGCUGGACGAUUUUGGCCUCGCCAACGUGUCCGCUGUCUACGAUGCCGAGCAAUGGGCGGUGACUGCCUACGUUGACAACCUGUUUGACGAAUUUGUCGAGUCAGGCGUACAAAGCUCACAGUUGUUGAACCAGGUGGCCGCCGGGGCUAGCGUCAGAGCAUUCUUGACCCAAGUUACCCCGCCACGAACGUUCGGAGUUCGACUCAAGUACCAGUUCUAG